UGUUGACCGACUGAGUGAAGCAUGAAGUUAUUAUCUAUUUGGGCCUUGGCAGCUCUUUGCCUUUGCCUUGGCCAAGUGGCCUUCAGCGAAAAGCUGAUCAACUGUUACUGGGGCACCUGGGCUAACUACCGUCCUGGUGAUGGCAAAUUCACCCCCUCCGACAUCGAUCCCUUCCUGUGCACCCACAUCAGCUACACCUUCUUCGGGAUCAGCGAUGCGGGAGAGUUCAAGUCCCUGGACACCUGGCUGGACAUGGACGAUGGACUGGGCUAUAUAAGCCAAACCAUUGCCUUGAAGCAACGGAACCCAAACCUAAAGAUUCUGGCCGUGGUGGGUGGCUGGAACGAGGGCUCCACAAAGUACUCGGCCAUGGCCGCCGAUCCUGCCAAGCGUGCCACGUUUGUGUCCAGCUCCCUGGCCUUCAUUCAGCAGUAUGGCUUCGAUGGCUUGGAUCUAGAUUGGGAGUAUCCUGGUCAGCGAGGAGGCGGAGAGUCGGAUCGCGAGAACUUCGUGAUCCUGCUGCGGGAGAUUAAGGAAACCUAUGACAAAUAUGGAUUGGAACUGGGUAUUGCUGUGGGUGCCUCCGAGAAGUCGGCCAGCAUCUCCUAUGACAUUCCGGCCAUUUCCCAGCAUCUGACCUUCAUCAAUGUGAUGACCUACGACUUCCACAUGGCUCUGGAUGGCUAUUUGGGUCUCAAUGCUCCUCUGCCUGAGGUCACCGAGUCCAUUGACUACUGGUUAUCUCAUGGUGCCCCCGCUGAGAAACUGAUCUUGGGCAUUGGCUUCUAUGGCCACAGCUACCAGAUGUCGGAUAGUUCUCAGAACUGGCCUGGUGCAGCUUGCAUUGGUCCUGGAACUGCUGGCGUCUACACCCGGGAGGGUGGAUUCCUAGGCUACCACGAGAUCUGCCAGAAUAACUGGAACACGGUUUUCGAUCAGGAGAACGGUGCUCCGUAUGCUUUCCAGGGCGAUCAGUGGAUUGGGUACGACAACGCCGAGAGCAUCCAGCUGAAGAUGCAGCUGGUGGAGUCCCGCAACCUGGGUGGUGCAAUGAUGUGGUCCAUAGAGACGGAUGACUUCCGUGGCCUCUGCGGAGAGACCUAUCCCCUGCUAAAGACCAUGAACCGCGCUCUGGGCAAGGAGGUGAGCGGAGGAGGUGGCAGCGGAGGAGGAGGAAGUGUUACCCCAUCUCCAACUGCUGCUCCCACUCCGACACCCACUCCCGGCGGAGGAAGUGGUGGCAACGGAGGUGGUUCCGGUGGAGACUGCUCAACUUCAGGAAAUGGCCACUUUAUGAGUGUGGGAGAUUGUAACAAAUACUACCAGUGUGCAGAUGGAAUCCGAUACGACUUCCAAUGCGCCACAGGACUCUACUUUAAUCCCACCUCCAAUAACUGCGAUUGGGAGUGGAAUGUCGAUUGCCCCUAUUAGAUAAACAGCCAAAGAAAAUAUACAAAAAUUGCAACAAUCGAAAA